GUUCCACUUAUUGUAACUGUCAAUGGAAUAUCGAGAAUAAAGGCUUCUGUGUGUAGUUUCAUUUGGGGACUAGUGCCAAAAUAUACUUCUUCUGGGAAGUAAAUCUUAGGUGAGGUUCCUCAUUAAUAUUUGAUGACAAAAAUAUAAACCACUUUGUCCUAUUUACCUGUGUAAGUAUUUACUGAUAAGAAGCAUUGUCCGGUCAUUGACUAAGAUGGUUCUGAUUCUGUCCGUGGUUUUACUGGGCUAUUUGUCUGGUACUUGUGCCGGUCUUAAGGAUCUACAAACCGAAAAUGAAGACUUGUCAUUGCGAGAAUUAGUACUGGAACUGAAGAACACCAUAUCAUACCAGAACAGGAGAAUUACAAUACUUGAGGACAGAGCACGAGCAUUAGAAAACGUGAACGGAAAUCAGUCAAAAGAUAUCGCAGUACUUACACAGAAGAUGAAGGAACAAGAGGAGAAGAAUUUGAAUUUGAUUAAGAUGAAAAGCGUAUGUGAAGAAAACGCGAGGAAAUUCGAAAAUCUCUUCGGUUUCUCUAAAACGUUGGUAGGAGGACAGGCCUCGGAGCUGUAUACUUCUUCCAUCCUCCCGACCGUGACUCACACACCCGAUUACUCAUCAUUGUUUAGAAAAGAAAGACUGCUGGUAUCACAGGGACCAUCGUCACAGUCGUCAGAGACCACGGUAGCUUUCUACGCUUACCUAACUCAAAAAAUUCCUAGUCCAAGUGCACACUUUGUUUUGACCUUUGACACCGUGAUUACAAAUGUUGGAAACGGUUUCCAUCAUCAUUCCGGAAUUUUCAUCGCUCCUCGUACUGGAACUUAUGCAUUCACUUGGUCCUUUAGGAUUCAAAACGAUGCGCAUAUGUCCACUGAGCUUAUUGUCAACGAUUUAGCUGUAGGUGCCAUUUAUUUCGACGCGGCAGGUGGUGUUGGUGGAAACAAGGCCGGAACGGUGGUUGUCCAUGUUGACCAAGGUGAUGAUGUAUUUGUUCGAACGACCAGUUUCAACAAUCUUGGGGACAUUAUAAGUGAUCAUAUAGGUAGAUCUUAUUUUGCUGGUUGGAUGAUUGGUUAGAUGGCAUCUUGGACGUCCAUUCAACCAAUGGGUUAGUUACUGAAGAUCAAUAAAUCGCAUGUACGAUGAAA